GCGAGCGGGGCGGGGCGCCAAAGCUUACGCCUAGGGUUUCAGCUUCACUAUCCAUGUCCUAACUUUCAAAGUCCAUGUGCUAAGCCUGACCUUCAAUAUUCAUUUCUUAACUUUCAAAGUUGGCCCAUGUCCUAACUUUCUCAGUUCUUCUCCUAACUUUCAAAUUUCAUGCCGUAACUUUCAAAGUUAUUGCCUUAACUUUCAAAAUUCAUGCACUAACAUUCAGAACCCACACCUUAACUUUCAGAGUUCAUGUCUCAACUUUCGCAGUUCACGAGCAUAGCAAAACGCUGCGCGUUUUUGCAGUGUUGUCGCCGCGUUUGUUUAUUUUCAAAAUUUAAAACCAAAACUCAAAAGCUAAGAUCAAAACUCAAAAUCUAAAAUCAAAAUCAAAACUCAAAGUCAAAAAAUCUAUCAAAACGAAGGCAAAACUUUACAAGUACAGAGAAGACUUAAAAAACAAAUACCUUGCAUGCUCAUAUUGAAGAAAGUGGUAGUAGGUUUUUCUCUCCGACUCCGAGCACGUUGGUUCUCAUGACUUAAGUUCAUUACAUAGAAGUCAGGAAAGAUACAAUUACACCUAGAUAGACGUACAACAACAAAAAUGAACAAGGAAGAAGCAUACUAGUUUUACGAGGUGGAAGUGGAAUAAUGACGCAUCCGCAUUGGUGAUCAAUUAUGUGUGUCUUUUUGUAGCAGCGAGCUAAGUAGUCACUAAUUCCUCUGAAGAUAACAGAAUCCUCGCCUACUCACUGGGCGGACGAAGGACGGAGCACCAUACUUGGCAUAUUAUCAUUUCAUAGCGAAAUACGGUGGACAAUUGACUUGUGAUCAUGUGAUUGUGCAGAAAUAGAAAAACACCAAUAAAAGAUAGUACAGUGCCUACUUCUACAUAUAUUUUUUUUUCAUGUCGAAAAUAUUGCUCGACGGCAAAUGAAGAAAAAGACCAUGAUGUCUUCUGGUGCAAGAAGAAGCACUCAUUAGUCGUAGACAGCCUUAAAUGAUCCCUGUAUCUAUUGAAAUUGAAAAUGUAAAAGAAGUAGAAAAUAGGAAACAGAAAGAAGAAAGAUAGAAGUCCAGAAAAUGUUUGUGGCUUUGUCCCUCGCUUUCGUGGUUCGUGCGGGGACUGCAACAAAGCCCCCUUCAGUUCCAAAAGGGGAGUUGGCAGCAUCAAGGCACUCGACUGGCGAACCUGAUUCAGAUGGGAAAGAAAAGGUGGACAUGAGACGGCCAACCCGGUUUCUAGCCCCACCACAAUCAUCUGAGGGGAGUCUUACAAGAUGCUUGCGGCAUAGUACUCAGCAAGAGAGUGAUGGAGUUAGCCUUAGCGCGCACAAGAGCGCAGUGUUAGUGGCAGCUCCUGCCAAAAAUAGUCGCCUCACGUACCACCAGACAAGCACACGAGUUCCACGUACCUGCAGGAAAGGAAAAUACUGUGUACCAUUAUCCGCCCCGGCGGCUCCGUAUAUUCCUCUUGGAAGCACAGGGGGCGUUGAAGGUGAAAGUAGCAGUGCAAUUUUGGCCAGGUUUGCUCCAGCCGACGAGGCCUUUCGAGGUCUUGACGAGCAAGGCAUCGAGGAAGUGCCUUCUUGCACAAGCGAUAUUGUUGCGUCUGACAAGGCUAAUCCGAUGAUAGACUCCGGUAAAGAACGAUCAGCAAUGCCCACUGAUGUCGUAAUGAACUACUUUUAGCUGUUAUAGAAUAUAGAAUUUAGUAGAUUCAUUAAGUGACAAGGUAUAGUUGUCCGUUGUAUUAUGACUAUUGAUAUUCUGUCAUGAACAACGGUCGGAAAAAAUCAAAGAGGGAGUUUCUAUUCGCAUGUCUUCACAGGUGCGAAAAGACGGUGACAUGACUCAGGAGCAGGAGUCUGAGUUGCGAAUACUAAGUGGCGCUGAGAGCGAACCACCUUCCAACUUUCUCUCACCUUUAAGUGGUUCUCGGAUAUCGUCACCUGGUUGGACUUUUCUGCGCCUGCAGCAGGGCAUGCAGCAAGCUCCGUGUCCCGAAGAUUCUGAAGACGUGAGUCUGCAUGUCUUGGCCACAGGUGCGCCCUCGGAGGUGGCCCUCGGACAAGGACGGGACUCGCUGUAUUUGAUGGAGGGUCCCUUAUUCUUGUUUUUUUUGAGACGAGGUCAAAGUCAAACCGAAGGUCAAGAUGAUCAAGUACGCCAUGAAGGCGAAACGGUAGCAGCACCUGACCAGAAGCAGUCCUUCUGUAGCUUAUCCGAUUUAUUUGUUCAGCAGGACUCAACAUCUAGGCAAUUGUCGUCUGACUCGGCGACAUGGUGCAGUUGUGUAGAGCAGCAGGAAGAAGAGGAAGACAGGCAAACCUUAUUAUUGCGAAGUACCUCAGCUUCUAGCUCAAGUAGAAGCUGCAUGCUGUCGCCUGCGUCGCGGGCUUCGUCCUCCAAUCAUAUUUAUGCUUUCAUCUUUAGCUCCACAUUUUUUAUUGGUAUCAAAACGGAAGUUCAAGUAGUUAAAGUCAGAGUCAAUCUAAGUAAAACAACUCUGUGAAUCUACCACGACAUCAUUUGUACAUAGUGUAUUCAUUUUUUCGGAUCUUGUUAUGUCACUGGAUCCAAAUCCUAGUGGAAGGUCAAAUUUGAUGUUAUCGAGACACGCUCUAACAAGAAGCGCACUCUGCUAAGAACUGGCUGUGUGAGCAGGUGCGACUGGGGGAGGAUGGACCAGGCUCUCAUAGGGAAAAUUGUUCAGUUGAAAAUGUUGAACAGUGGACAUUUCAUGUGGCGGGAACUUCUGCCGGAACAGACGCUGACGAUGAAAUCGAAGAAGAUGGAGAUCUUGAUGCUGGUGAAGAUAAGCUAACUUCAAUUCGUAAGGUCGUGAAGGAAAAAGAACUUCUACGCCUGCCGCAUGAUGCAAAAAGAAGACCACCCCGCUUCCCGACUGGAAUGAGUGUUGAUGUAAGCGCUCUUUCGCCAGAAUCUCCUGACACCGAGGAAGUUCCCAUGCAAGAAGAAGCGCAUUUCAAUAUUCCGGGAAAUUGCAGGAAGCGAACGCCUGUAUCUUCAAGAGAUGAGGUCGAUGAGGGGAGAAGUGUCUCUGCUUCAGGUCUCACUGACAGCAGCGUAGAAGCGGAAGCAAUAUCAACAGAAGCGGCGGAAACGUCUGAUGAAGAAGAUGCUCUAAAUCGUCGUCUCUUCGGCAGCCUCGAGGGCCUGACUUGGAAACCUCAGAUAAGUGUGCGCUCGUCUGCGCCAGAACAUGAAGCUGCCGAUUCAAUUUAUCAAAAUGAAGCUCGACGAGCGGAUUCAGGAGAAUCAGAAGGUUAUUUAUCUGAUGGAAAUUUUAAUCGAAGAUUUAUCUUUGCUUCAGCGCGAGGCCUGUGCUGGGCAGCGAAAGCGAAUCCGAUUCCACCGCGACCUGCUACCUCUUCUACCGAUCCUUUCAAUUGUGACGAUGAAGCUGAUGUGCCAUGGUAUAGGGAAGUUAGUUCUGUCGAACGAAGGAUAGAGCCUUUUGUAACUCAACAGCAGCCUUAUCCUGCGUCAUGGGGGGCGCCAGGGUAGGACUAGGAGUUUUCUAGAGAACACGACCUAGCGUCAACUGGAUUCCGUUGGCCUUCCUGCUCAGAUGAGCUCAUUCUGUCGGGUUACCUGGAUCCUGGUGCAGCUGGUAGCCACUGUGUGAAGAAUCCACCGCAUCAGUAAAGCGUGACGGCGUACGCACCAAACUCAGGGCAUGACCGCAAGUAUUAAUAGACACACCAAUUAUUGAGUUUCAGACUCGAACAGCGCUGCAGAAUGAAACAUAUUAAUCGAGCACGAAAAAAAAUUGUAAAUCGGGAGUUUCUUAUUUAUCUGCCAUUCUUAAAAAAAUGAUUAAAAUAUAUAGAUACGGUUGUAAGCUAGUCGUUUCGUCAUUAUUUGCUGCAUUGUCCAUGCCAGAGGCUUACUCUUUUUGUUGGGGUCACUCACUGCCUUCUACCUCGGAAUUCCUUGAUUACAGCCUCUCCUCUGAUAUAUCUGUGGCUCCAACCUCUUCCAAGUUUCGGUCUGUCCGAUAGAGUGACAUUGUGGUGGGGUGUCGCGUUUGCUGCAUCUUGCAUUUUCGAGGCUACCGCCGUCCAGCAUUAUUAACCCACUGUAACUCUCUGCUUUAUAGUUUAGUACAGAGCAGUUUAAUUAUAGCACGAAUGGCGAGUGGCACGGAUGGCACGAAUGGCGGCACCCUGAAAGGCCCAAAAGGGCAACGACUGGAAAAGCUAGUAAACGGGGAUCGCUUAUAGGCGUCGCGGGUCCGCCGGUGCUCUCGCGAUGGUCCUAAGUACCUAUUGCCAAUUGGCGGGCCAGCGCGUGAGGGAACAGGCCCCGACCACAGUGGCGGAAGAGGGGGGGGCCAGUGGGGUGAGCGGUGUGGGCAAAAGUGAAGCGGCCCAAGGCUGUCCUGCCCUUGCGGGUCCUGGCCGUGCUACCGGGCAGGGUGGGGGAAGUGUCGUCGUGUCUGGCCUUGGGCCCGCAGCGGUAGCGUGCCGGGCGCUCCACUCAUGGCCAUGCAUGCCGCGAGGGUGGGGCGGAAGGUAGCUGCCCGGCGCAAUAGGCGGCGGUAGCCUCACCCGGGAACCGGUGUCCGCGAAAGUGGGGCGCCUCAAAGGGCGCCUCGCGCAUGAGGGUCUCCCCCUAGGUGCUGACCAUAAGGCGGGUGGACGCGGGUGAGUGCCGGGCGUUGUCGUAGACGACGACGUAGCCCGGUGCUACAAGUGACUUGCGCAACAGCAGGGCGCCUGAAGGGCGCCCCGCUUUUGAAGGUCUAAGUAGGUGGUUCACGAAUGGAACGAUUGGCGGGACCAGUCGAAGCCAUGGAUUGGGCCCCUCCCAUUCGUGCCAUGGUACUCGAGAUCUGGAACCCUUGUAAAUUAUUCUGAUAGUAUACUGUGCUGUUAUUGGCCAAUUAUAGUUUGCUGCAACUCUAUGCGAAGGCUGGACGAUAAGGUAAUGAACCUGCUGUACAAUCGAUAGUAGUUUCUCUCGUCUAAAUGUGUUGUGUGAUCCCAGAACGUUUAAUAGCUCUCUGCUCUUUACUCGCAAUUAGUGUGUAAUUUUUCCCCGACCUCCUCCUUACGCAGUAGGGUGUCGAUUCACAGUAGGUCUUGUGAUGUUAAGUACUUACUUUACUUCUAUAUCAUCUUCUAGGUUGUAUGUGUGGAUCUUCUUGUCGCCCUGGCUCGAGAUGAUCGCUUGGUAUGCGCUUGCGGUUCUUCAUCACGGCACUGGGACACGCAAUUGCAUGUACUAGUCAUUCUAUCACAUCCACAUGUCGGUAGUCAGCAAUGGCAUAAAUUUUCGACACACUAACCUCGAUAUCUCUACCCUCAAAUAGUGAUCAAUGAUUUCGCGCCUGAACUAUGUGACAAGAACUGACCCGAUCAUAACGAUGUCAUGGAUGUCUGUUGGUGAUUCUUGGACUCGUCCAAGAGGAAGCAUGACGGCAUGAUUUGAAUGGAUAUUGAAAUGACAGCAAUCAACACGUACGCCUAAUGAGAUAGCAAUACCUCAUUCUACUUGAUGAAGUAGAUGCAUGCACUUACUAAGCACGCAUUCCGCAAUCAAUAUUACGCACUAGGUUUGCCCACAAUAUGACUGUCACUGGGGCCCGGAUGAACAUCGUCAUUAUAAUUUUCAUGCUCCUACGAGUGACGAAUUUUGUUUUCUAACAGCACAGAAAGAGCAUGCGUGGAGGUGGACUCAUCAUGAUCUGGAUGAGUGUCCCUGAUUCUUACAUUAUAGCGGUAAAAUAAGGGAUAGUGUAUGAUAGUCUCACUUCUCGCGCUGUGCGCUAGUUUGGUGAAUCGGUACCCUGGAGCGAACUAGCGGGCGCACAUAGCGAGGGGAGCCGAGCACUUCUCUGAGGCAUGCACAGGCUUCGGCCGCCUUAGAUGGGAAGACCUCCGGGGUAGUUGGACGACACGCGGCGCCUAGAGUAGCCGGGUCCUAAAUCCUAAUUCACAUGGCCACUAGCAUAAAUUUCUUAUAACUUGUUAAAGCUUAACUUUUUCUAUCUCCCCUAGUAAGGUCGGCUCUACCAAUAUUAUAGCGGUAUCUAUUGCAUGAUUUAGCGUAAGUUUGGCCAAAGCGCCAGAAGCUUGUUUCAGACUUUUCAGUAUCGAUUUUCUAUGUGUUCUUUCAAUAAAGAAACAAGAAAAGCAUUGUGGCAAUUAAGCCGUGACAAGAAGUAGACUUUUUCAAGAGCACGGCGGAUACGCAUUUAUGAAGCGGCGUUGGUUCGUUUUUUUGUGUCGUACAUGAGUAUGCUGUCCAUAUGCCAAAUAACCAGCCAAUUCGACGGACUUCUGCAGGUGCAGUUGACGUGCAUUGCUGGGCACGCCGAGGCUGUUUUUGAGGCUCGAUAUACUCUACUGUCGACUACGAAAAAAUUGGUUUUUAUCAAAUAGAAAUAUUUUAGAAAAAAACACAAUGAUUUUCCUUGUGGUGUCUGAUCUUCCGGAUCAUCAAGUAAAAAAACAAGUAUCGAACCUGAAGAGAAGGCGCACGAGCCUGGGUCGCUAUUCAGGCUAUUCUUCAGCUAAUAAUGAUCCUCACAGAGGAGCAUGAUUGGUGAAAGAAUAUCGACGUCUUGUCGUGAUACAAAAAGCAAAAGGGUUUAGAUAUCGGCAUGAUGGUGCGCGGGUGGUUGGUGUGAGUGAAGGUGAACAAAGCUGUUUCAACUGAAAAAAGAAUGCUAAGACAUAGAAAAUCUACAACGGCAUCUAUUUCUGUAUUAUCCGCCGAUGAUACACCAAUUACAUUAGAUCACCAUGAUGAAGAUCAUGACGCGUUCUCGAUGCGCAUCAAAGUGAUUAACUAUGCAUGCGCUGCAAGAGCAAGCAUGAUCUCACAGACCGGAGUUUGUAUUUGUAUCUUCGAUGGAUGAAGAAUUGUCGCACUUAAAUUGACCGACAGCAAUUUUCCGCCUCUGUAUGACAACAACGUACGGUUCAU